AUGCAAACAAAAUAAUUAUCAUGCCUUAAGCAACUUGGGACAAACUAACUUGGAGAUAUUUUGUAGUGUCUAGAGCUGCCUGAAAUCAUAAGAUUCUAGCUAACUUGCCAAGAUCUGUUUCAUAAACUCAAGAAUAAGAAUUCAAUUUGGCUCUCUAUACUUUAAAGCUGGAUGCAAGAUGAGAAUCAUUCAGUAGUUAUUCAUCAGAACGAGUAUAUUCCAUAAAUACUCAGGUUGAACUCUGCACAAUUCAACAAAAUGUGCAAGUAUCAAAGCCAAGUUUAUGAAAUUUUAAUGAGCAUUCAUUAAUUGACAAGCUAAUGUCUUCAUUCUGAUAGUCAUUUAAUGAUUGAAGGAAUAGAGUCCUCAACUUAGGAUUAUGAUUAAUCAAUCAUGAAAACUGUUUAAAGACAUAAAAAUGAUUAUUUUUGGAGUUCUGAGGGUUCAAAAAAUGAAUCUGAUCAAGAGUAUUUGAUUUACAAAAUUGCCAGCAGAGAUCAAUCUGAAAGUGCAUUAAUAACAUCCAUUGUAAUGAAAGUAUUUUAGGCUAAUUUUCAAUUUAAUGAUCCUCUCUAUCCUCCAAAAUAAAUCCAGAUUGAAAUCGGCAAUGAAUUGGAAAAAUAUCAUUACAAGAGCAAGAUCUUCUAAGUUAUUCAAAAUACCUAAGAUGAAUAAAAAUUUUCACUUUAUCCUGAUCUGGUUUGCGGUCAAUAUAUUAAGAUAACAUUAUUUGGUAAACCUCAAAUUUAAAGAAUGAAUGGGUAAAGAUACAUUGCUAUUGGCUAUGUAGGAUUAAUAGGAUAAAAUUUGAGAUUUAUUUAACAGGCUAACAUCACUAAUCUAUUAGCAAGUGAAGAAUUGCAAAUCAAGGAAAGAGAAUCUGAUCAGAAUGAGGAGUUAAAAACUUGUGAAAAAUGCAUUAAUUUGCAAGAGUAGCAAAAUUUUGAUAGUCUAAAAUUUUGA